UUGAAACAACAGCUCUUUCGUGAGAGUAUAUGAUGUGGUUCUUUUCUAAAAUAUUUGCCUUAUUAUCUUCAUGAUUUUCUCAUAGAAUACGGAAAGUGUGGGAUUCCCGUGGAUUUGACGAUGGGUCAUUCCAUGCAUUGUGGAAAUUGUUGGAUUACGGUUGUGCAGCUUCUUUGUUUCUGGGAUUUAUCUUCCGGUCAGAUUGUCUAUUUUGUCUCAGAGGAGGUGAACAAGGGAACCGUUGUUGGGAGUAUAGCCAAGGACUUCAAUCUCAAUGUUCAAGAACUGGAGUCUCGUAUGUUUCAGAUUGUAUCCGGAUCUAACAAGAAGUAUUUUGAUGUGAAUUUAAAGACCGGUGCUCUGUUUGUGAAAGAAAGAAUCGAUCGAGAGGAGCUUUGUAUGACCAGUCAAAAAUGCUCUCUAAACUUAGAGGCCAUUGCACAGAACCCUCUCAACAUGUACCGUUUAGAGAUCCAAGUAUUAGAUAUAAAUGAUUACGCACCUUCAUUUCGUACAAGUGAUCAUACAUUAAAUAUCACAGAAUCUACCUCUCCAGGUGAAAGAUAUCCCCUACCAAGAGCUAAUGAUGCUGACAUAGGCAGUAACUCUGUUAAAACCUACAAACUGAGCCCAAAUGAGCACUUCUCUCUGGAUGUACAGAGCGGUGAGAAAACGGUGUCUGCUGACUUAGUGCUUCAGAAAGCUUUAGACAGAGAGAAACAAGCGGUUAUCGUGCUCCUUCUGACUGGUGUUGAUGGAGGAAAACCUCCACGAUCCGGGACAUUAAAUAUAUUUAUUAAUGUGAUAGAUGUAAACGAUAAUAGCCCGACAUUUAGCAAACAUUUGUAUAAAAUAAGUAUAUUUGAGAACUUCCCUGCUGGCACACCUAUAAUAACAAUUAACGCAACUGAUAUGGACUCAGGAGUAUAUGGGGAAAUAAUUUAUUCUUUGAUAGGCCAUGGGGAGGAAAACGCACUGGACUUUUUUCAAAUAAACCCAGUCACUGGUGAAAUUACAGUUAAAGGAACAAUUGAUUACGAAGAGCAUGCUGAGUUUGAGUUACAAGUACAGGCCAAAGACAGGAGUUCUAGUCCCCGUGCAACACACUGUAAAGUCCUGAUAGAAGUGAUGGAUGUCAAUGACAAUUCCCCAGAAAUAUCAGUGACUUCAAUGAUGAAUGCAGUCAGAGAAGAUGCAAAAUCAGGUACAGCUGUUGGUCUAAUAACAGUGUCUGAUAAAGACAGGGGAGUAAAUGGAAAAGUACACUGUCAAAUAGUAGGCUCUGUUCCAUUCAAAUUGCAAUCCUCCUAUAAAAACUAUUACUCAUUGGUAGUAGAUGGAUCUCUAGAUAGAGAGAGUGGUUCCCAGUACAAUGUGACCGUUACAGCUACAGAUGAAGGCAUCCCACGUCUCUCCAGUACCAGUGUCAUUAUUGUGUAUGUCGCUGAUGUGAAUGACAACGCGCCUCGCUUUUCAGAACCAAUAAUGAAUGUCUAUCUGAAGGAGAAUAGUCCCGUUGGAGGUCAUAUUGCCAGCUUGACUGCGCAUGAUCCAGAUAUGAAUGAAAAUGCUCAGAUGUCUUAUUCAUUUUUAGAAGGCAAUAAUGCAAUACCCUUGUCUACAAUGAUAAACAUCAACUCCUUAACUGGUGAGAUAUAUAGCAUGCAUACUUUUAACUAUGAAGAAGUAAAACAGUUCCAGUUUCAAGUUCAGGCCACAGACUCUGGUGUUCCUCCACUAAGCAGCAACGUCACUGUCAACGUUUUUAUCCUUGAUGAGAAUGACAACAGUCCUGUGAUUCUCCCGCCCUAUUCUGACCACGGCUCGGUUAAUUCUGAGAGCAUUCCUUAUUCUGCUGACGCGGGAUACUUUGUGGCCAAGAUCAGGGCUGUAGACGCCGACUCUGGUUAUAAUGCGCUGCUUUCUUAUCACAUCUCUGAACCAAAGGGGACCAAUCUAUUCAGAAUAGGAACCAACAACGGAGAAAUACGGACUAAGAGACGCAUGAGUGACACUGACUUACAAUUGCACUCGUUUUUCAUUCUGGUGUCUGAUAAUGGAGAACCUUCCCUGACUGCGACUGUGUCUAUUGAUGUUGUGGUCGUUGAAAGUACAGAUGACACACAGACAACUUUCAGACAACUGCCUGUAAGGGAGGAAAGUUUGACAGAUUUAAAUCUGUUUCUGCUCGUCGCCAUUGUGUCAGUAUCAGUGAUAUUUCUACUGAGCCUCAUCAGUUUAAUAGUUGUGAAAUGCCACAGGACAGACGGCAGUUUCAGCAGGUACAGCGCCCCCAUGAUCACCACCCACCCUGACGGGAGCUGGUCUUACUCCAAAUCUACUCAGCAGUAUGACGUGUGUUUCAGUUCUGACACACUGAAGAGUGAAGUAGUAGUUUUCCCCACGCCGUUUCCACCUGCUGAUGGUGAGCUGAUCAGUAUUAAUGGAGGAGACACUUCUCAAAGGAUACGAACACUCCCUAACACAGAGAAGGGGACCAAUCUAUUCAGAAUAGGAACCAACAAUGGAGAAAUACGGACUAAGAGACGCAUGAGUGACAAUGACCUAAAAACUCACCCGUUGGUCAUUCUGGUGUCUGAUAAUGGAGAACCUUCCCUGUCGGCGACUGUGUCUAUUGAUGUUGUGGUCGUUGAAAGUACAGAUGACACACAGACAACUUUCAGACAACUGCCUGUAAAGGAGGAGAGUUUCUCAGAUUUAAAUCUGUAUCUGCUCGUCGCCAUUGUGUCAGUAUCAGUGAUAUUUCUACUGAGCCUCAUCAGUUUAAUAGUUGUAAAAUGCCACAGGACAGACGGCAGUUUCAGCAGGUACAGCGCCCCAAUGAUCACCACCCAUCCUGACGGGAGCUGGUCUUACUCCAAAUCUACUCAGCAGUUUGACGUGUGUUUUAGCUCUGACACACUGAAGAGUGACCUAGUCGUUUUUCCCACGCCGUUUCCACUUGCUGACGGUGAGCUGAUCAGUAUUAAUGGAGGGGAUACCUUACAAAGGACACGGACGCUUCCCAACACUGAAAAGCCGAAGGCCCCAAAUGCUGACUGGCAAUACUCCACUUCUCUGAGGACAGGGAUGCAGAGCUCGGUCCAUAUGGAGGAGUCGUCAGUGAUGCAGGGAGCCCAGGGGAUGCUGGUCCAGAACUGGCCCACAGUGUCCAGUGCUGCAGAUGGUGAGGGGGGUGAGCUGUCCCCUCCGGUUGGAGCUGGCAUCGACAGUAACAGCUGGCACUUCCGUUACGGGCCUGGCCCUGGCUACGGCCCCCCUCAGGUCCUGAAGCCUGGAGACAUUCCCCCUGAAGCCUUCAUCAUCCCUGGCUCCCCCGCCAUCAUCUCAAUCCGCCAGGGCCCGGGUGGAGAGGAUGACAAGAGUGAUUUCAUUUCCUUCGGCAAGAAGGAGGAAGCCAAGAAGAAGAAAAAGAAGAAGAAGGACAAGAAAGACAAGAAAGACAAGGGGAAGGAGGAUGUGGACGAGUAGAGGAGAAAGGGGAGAUGUGAAAACAGAGCUACCAACUAAAGUCCAAAUAACAACUGCAAGACAAAAAGCCAAAUGUAUAUUUUCAAAUCAGGAGAGUUUCCAUGUGUUGUGUUUGCAUAGUUAAAUCUGCCCAGCCAAGUCCCCAUUAGCAGAGGCCUGUCUCUGUAAAACAUGUAAGCAGCCAAUAGUAGCCUCUGCCAGAUUGGCCCUCUGAAGCUUCCAUACCUCUGGCUAUAAAACACUAUUUUGAAAUAUAUUUAAUAGGCUCUCAUUUACCAGACAUUUGCUGAAAAUUCCACAAAAAUCUCUUUGAUUAGAAUAACCUAAAAAUGAUAAUGCAAUCAACUACCGAUACCCAGACGUUUCAUGUAUAAAAUGCCGUACAGUAUGUGAGAGAAACCUCACAUACCCUAUUAAUGGUGUGCUAUAGUCCUGCCAGCCCGCCUCCCUAACCUUGCUUGAAAUGGGACCCUUCUCCCUGGCCCUUCUGGCCCCUUGUUGGCAUCUCUGUCUUUACUCUGCCCCUUGCCUCCUCUGCUCUCCUGAUUGGAGGGGGAGAGGAGGAGCUCAAUCUGACAAAGAGUGACACAGAGGCUCUCAUCUACAGUAAGAUGGAAGCCUUCUGCAAAAAAAUGAGUUUUUUUUCUCUACAAAAUAUAAAAAAGAAAAAGUGGUGCAAACAAGACACCUGACGUGUAUAUGUACAGUACAGUGAGCUGUGUGAGAUUGGAAUGUGUUGAGAAUAGUGCUGGCCGGGAUUGAAGGCUGGAUUAGGCUGACCGUGUUCUGGAUUAGGCUGCCCCGUGGGUUGUUUCAUGCCUGGUACUGUUGGCACUGUUGGCAGCAUAGGGCAGGGGCUAAAGACCUUGCCCCGCCUUCUCAUCUACAACACAAAAUAGGCCAGUGGGACCUUGGACCCACAGUCUGUGCAGCACACAACCACUGUAACACACACACACACACACACACACACACGAACACAUUAGACAGUCUGGGGGGGACAUGCACACACCUCUCUGGAUAGUGUACAGCUCUAACUCAGCCAAAAGACUGAGGCCUAUUUCAGUGGCCUCUUUUCUAUGGGAGUGUAAUAUAUGACAGGAACUGUUGCUUGUUGUUUAAUUUCUGUUCACGCCUGAUUUCCCCCCCGCUUCUGUCAGUCAAUGUUCAAUAGUCAAUGUUCAGUAGUUCUUAAAGCCCCGCCCCCUUACCUUGCUCGCUUUGGUGCUAGUAGGAUUCUCUCGCACGCCUCGUCUGUUGACCCUCAACUCCUCCGUCCUCUGAUCACCAUGUUCAGAAGGCCUCUCUCAAAGACACUCUUAACUUCUGAUAACUUGUUCCUCUGCAAAAACAGCAACGGAAUGAACCUGUAUAACACACUCACACACUUUCUGUUAGCUUUAACCAAGCCUUGCUACUGAAAUAUCAACAUUCCUAGCACUGUUUUGGGGACAAGUUGCCGUCUCUUCCACCAGUUACACACAGGGUAGUGGGGCAAACAUAAGGAGCUUAGCAGAAAUAUGGACGGGCUUCCUUCUGUCCAGAUGGAGAGAAAAAGAGGGAUGGAAGGACGUAGAGGCAAGGAGAGAGAAGUGGAUUUGUAGUGAUGGGCACUCCAGUCCACAGACAUUCCCUGGAGAGCUUUGUUGCUGUGUUAAACUCUACUCAUAUUUUGUGAUGAAAAGGAAGCAUCAACAGCAUUGAGUCUUCUCCAGAAUAGAGCAUCCCCAGAAUGAACUCAGUAUGUGUGAGGGCUAAUUCCACAGCAUCUCCUACUCACCUCUCUGUUUCCUCUUCCUGGCUGAUAUCUGACCAAUCAGAGGGGACACAGGGAUGAUGCUAGCGCUGCUAUUGGACUGAAUCCCCCCAUAUUAUACACGUGCUCCCCCUUCAGGUGUGAAUCUGUGCUGUCAGAUCACUAAGUGGCUGUUUGCAUGUUAUAAGCAAAGGGAAUAUAUAUAUAUAGAUCUAUAUAGAUAGAUAUGUUUCAUUUCCUUCAACCAUUUAUCACAAAUUCAGAGAUAUGAAUAUCAUCUCUGCUAAAAUAUGUAUACAUACUCACUCUCGAAAACACACAUGAACACAAAUACACACAUACUAUGUAUUCCUAGACCAACAGGAAUCAUUUGUUAUUAUUCUGUUGAAGUUCAAUUAAAAUAACCUUCUAAAUAUAAGUAAUGCUGUAGAUAUGCUAUGAAAUGCUAUUUUUGUUCAUGCCCUUAUGAUUUUUAAGCUAUGAACUGAUAUCAAAGAAACACUAACGUAAUACUGAAUCAUUUACUCACCAUCGAUAUAUAUCCCGAACACCUUUGAAAAUGUUUUUAUAAUGUUGAGAGAAAAAACUAGCAAAAUUGUUUAAAAAAAAAAGCUAAUCUUGAUGUACUCUCUGCUUGUGUGAAGUGAAUGUUUCCUGAGUCAUCUGGUGCCUGUAUGACACUAAGCAGUCGACUGCGACAUUGCAGAUCUGUUAAUGACCUUUUUGUACACCUGCUCAUCAAUGUAAUGGUGAUAUAGUGAUUUGUCUUUUUUAUUAUUUGAUGGAUCUGGUAUCGUGUUUUGUUUAUAAAUCACAAAUAAAAUGUUAUUUCUUAAAUAUUGGGAUAAAA